GGCCGCCGCGCCGUGCGCAGCGCCAAGGAGUAUAUUAAGGGACUCUGUGAACCUGAACUAGAAGAAAAGGAACAUUAUCCAAAGGAUAUGCAUUGUAUUUUUGUUGGUGCACAUAGCCUGUUUCUUAACUAUCUUAUUCAGGAUACCUGUGCUGAUAUAACAGUGUUGGAAAUAGGAUUACUUAGUGUUAAGGGUAGUGCAGAAGCUGUUGUUAUGGCUAGAAGUCACGUUCAGCAAUUUGUGAAGCUUUUUGAAACCAACGAAAGCUUAUUAAGUGACAGAGAAUCGGAGAUAAAAAAGCAAUUUAAACAAUUUGUGGAAGCACAUGCAGAUAAAUAUACAAUUGACUUGUUAAUCUUGCCUAGCUCAUUAAAAAGAGAUCUUUUGAGUCUUACACAAAUUAAACAUUGUGAAGAGGGCAAUAUGAUAGACCUUACAGAUUCUGAAACCACAGAAGAGGUUUUACAGAACAAAGCCCCUAAAAUAACUGUAAAAAGUAGAGAUGGAAAAACAGUUCAGGAGGAAGCAAGAAAUAAUGCUGGAACCCCGGUAACAGAGCUGACGAAGCAAAUGGACACAGUGCUUUCUGAUGCACAAGGAAGGUGUUUUGUUCCUAUAAAUGGUGUGACUGCGUUGGAGACAUCUGUUUCCAAAGAGAGACAGUCAUGUAAGAGGAGGUCUUCAGAUGCUGAGGAAAGGCUUCCUAAGAAACAAUUUUCAUUAGAAAGUAAUCAGGAGGGCAAGCCUAUACCAUGCAGUGAUCCUCCUGAUGAGGAUGUAGUUAUUGAUCUGAUUUCUGAUAGCUGCACUGAAUCAGAUGAUCCAAGCUGCAAAGAAGGUGAUGAGGAAAUGGAAUAUAAGAUUCUUGUAAACUUUUUCAAAACCAUGGGCUAUUCCCAAAAAAUUGUAGAGCAAGUUAUUGAUGAACUGGGACAAUUAACGGAACCAUUAAUACUCCUCCAAGAAAUUGAAAAGGAAAAUGAAAAGUUUCAGAAGGAAAUGGAAGAGUCACCUCAAAUAUCAAGAUGCACAAGUGUGCGCCUAGGAGCUAGUACAAAUCGUUUACACACUGAGAAAGAGGGAGCAAUUUCCAGCAGUAAAAAUCGUCUUAAACCCAGUCAUAUUUUGAAGGAGCCAAAAAAUGUACAGCAGAAAGUAGCGGACUUGCCACAUGUACAGGUCAAUGCAGAAGCCAAAUGGUGCAUGUCAGACUGUAAAAACAAAACUGCAGUUCCUUCCAGUAAAACUUCAACAGAACGUUGUAAACAGAAGGGGUUUAAUUCUGAUCAGCGUCAUGGCUCAAGGACAAGUGAUAUAGAAACUGAUGGUUUACUACCUUUGAACACUGUAGCAUCUAACACUGUAGAGUUGAUGAAAGAUGGGGUGCUAAAAGAUGGUGACUUCAUAGCAAGAGGGAGCUCAAGCCAGCAGCAGACACCAAUGCAGACUGAAUUUGCAGGUUGUCAGCAAAAAUCUAUAGGGUCUGCACAGAAUAAUCAACCUGUUCAUGAAAAUCAGCCAGCACCUUACAGCACUUCUCAGUUCACACUCAUUAACCAACACCCUUCUCAAAACCCAAGGCUGCUUGAACUUCCUCACCCAACUUCUGGUUGUCCACCCCAAGUACAUCAUCUAAUUCCAGACUGGAAGGCAGUGGGAGCAUGUAGUCGUCACACUGAUCCCUCAGUUACUGGGGUUCAAAGAUUUUUGGAGUCUCUAAAAAAGCCAUAUAGACUGGAGCUGAAAAAUGAACCUGGAAGACCGUAUUUAAAACACAUCAUUAUAGAUGGAAGCAAUGUUGCAAUUUCUCAUGGUCUAAAUAAAUUCUUCUCCUGUCGAGGAAUUGCUAUUGCUGUUGAUUACUUUUGGAAACGUGGUCACCGAAGCAUUACUGUGUUUGUUCCACAGUGGAGAACAAGACGUGAUCCUUCUGUUACAGAGCAGCAUUUCUUAACUGAGCUUCAGGAUAUUGGAAUAUUGUCUUUAACUCCUGCAAGGGUGGUAUUGGGAGCAAGAAUUGCUGCUCACGAUGACAGAUUUUUGCUGCAUCUUGCUGAUAAAACUGGAGGGAUUAUUGUUACUAAUGAUAACUUCAGAGAAUUUGUGACGGAAUCACUUUCCUGGAGAGAGAUUAUUCAAAGAAGAUUGCUCCAGUACACUUUUGUUGGGGACAUAUUCAUGGUUCCUGAUGAUCCUUUGGGAAGAAAUGGACCCAGAUUAGAUGACUUCCUUCAGAAUCAAGGCAGUGUUAGAAAUUUUCCACCAACACAAACAGCAUUAUCAAGUGCUGGGUUGCAUUCUUCUGAGACAUCGGUCUUCAUGCCAGUACCCAAGUUGGCCAAUAGUAGUAGACAAUCUAUGAACAGAGCACAUCCUGGUCCUUCAUCUCCCUGGCUUCCACUGCAACCAGAUAUUCCAGAUGCACAGACUUGUCUAACAGUUCCACCACAAAGAUCUGUUACCGAAACAAAACAGCUGAGAGAAGCACUGGUAAAAAUAUUUCCCGAUUCUGAGCAAAGACAGAAGAUUGAUCAAAUACUUGCAAACCAUCCAUUCAUGAGAGACCUUAAUGCACUGUCUGCCAUGGUGCUUGACUGAAUGUAAUAUAUUGGGUUCUUUGUAUUUACAACUAAUUGAAUUUAAACUUUGGAUGCCAAUAUGAACAACAUGUUGCACCAAGUUACACUGUGUAUAUUCAAAACUUAAUUUUAUUUGUAUAAACAAA